AUGAAAGAAUUGCAGUCAAACAUUAGUGUUGCCAUGGAAAACUAUAAUAAAGGAUUGUUUGAAAACCCGUUGAGAUAUUUGGAUGCGAUAUCAAUUUUGUACAUUAAGUACAAUCUCCAAAUCAAGUGCGCACGGGCAAACAAUUCAUUUAAUACGAUUACUCGUUCUAAGAAGAUGAAAUUGGAAAUUGAGGCAUUAAUUGAAGAACAAGAACAGUGUGUGUUUGAUGAAGAAGGUUCAGAACUACAUGAUUCGGUUGUUGUACCAUUAAAUUUGGCAACAGAAAGUGAUUUUUCUUCUAUCCAAGAAAUCAACGAA